GUUGGUCAAGUUACUACUUGCUAUACCUGGAUCAGUGGAAUGAUAUCGAUGCAACGUGAAUGUUUAAAUGCCAAUGGAUUUAGGGUCGUUUUAGCAAAGACCAAAGAAAAAAUUACGAAGUUACAAGUAGAGCUAAGGGAAAUUUGUUCGGAACGUAGAAAGCAAGGUCUUCGUUGUUAA